AUGAGUAAAAGAUGGUUGCUGUACUGUGUGUUGUUGCUAUGGGUAGUAGUAUCGAAUUUGGCAAAAAGAGUUGUCCGUGCAGAGCCACAAGUUCCAUGUUACUUCAUCUUUGGGGAUUCUCUAGUCGACAAUGGCAACAACAAUGCUAUGGCUUCGCUUGCUAGAGCCAAUUACUUACCCUAUGGAAUCGACUUCGCUGGUGGACCAACUGGAAGGUUCUGUAAUGGUAAAACCACCACAGACAUCAUUGCUCAACUCUUGGGUUUCGAUGACUAUAUUCCACCCUACGCAAAUGCAAGAGACGAAGAUCUACUGAGAGGAGUGAAUUUUGCAUCUGCAGCUGCUGGAAUAAGAGAUGAGACUGGACAACAAUUGGGUGGUCGAAUCACUAUGAAUGGACAGAUAAAUAAUUACCAAGCAGCAGUAAAUAGAGUGGUAAACUUACUUGGAGAUGAGAAUACAGCAGCAGACCACUUGAGCAGAUGUAUAUACUCAGUUGGAAUGGGUAGCAAUGACUACCUUAACAACUACUUCAUGCCCUUGUUUUACUCUUCAAGCCGUCAAUACACACCUCAACAAUUUGCUGAUGUUCUUAUCCAACAAUACUCUCAACAAUUAAGGACUUUAUACAAUUAUGGAGCAAGGAAGGUAGCUGUGAUAGGAGUAGGUCAAAUAGGAUGUAGCCCAAAUGAACUUGCACAAAAUAGUCCUAAUGGCCAAACAUGUGUGGAGAGAAUCAAUAGUGCAAAUCGGAUGUUCAAUGACAGGCUUAUAUCUCUUGUUGAUGAUUUCAACAACAAUUUACAAGGCGCCAAAUUUAUCUACGUAAAUGCUUACGGAAUUUUCGAUGAUAUUUUGAGGAGCCCUUCAUCUUAUGGGUUUACUGUUACAAACAAAGGUUGCUGUGGAACGGGGAGAAACAAUGGUCAAAUUACAUGUCUUCCUCUGCAAACUCCAUGCCCAAACAGGAAUGAGUAUAUUUUCUGGGAUGCAUUUCAUCCAACCGAAGCUGCGAACGUGAUCAUUGGAAGAAGGUCAUACAGUGCUGCAUCUCCUUCUGAUGCUUAUCCGAUGGAUAUCAGCAGAUUAGCUCAGGCCUAGAUAUGGCCGGAGAGACGAUAUAUAUGAUGGCUAUGGACCAAAUUGCACUAUUUCAUGAGAGUUUUAAAUUUAUUCAUCUUCUAUACCAUUAUUU